AUGCUGAGGUAUGGCAAUUGUUUCCCUGAGUUGCCGUGCAUUGAUUUGAGUCAUUGCAAUGACAUACAUCCAGACAGUCUUCAUCUUCUUUUGAACGGACGUCGUCAAAAUAUUACACAUUUGAACUUAACUUCCUGUUCUAUUUUCACCGAAGAUAUAAUCAUGAACUUUCAAGUUCCUAAAUUGAAGGUUUUGAAUUUCUCACAUUCAUCUGUUGACGAUAAAACACUCUAUGUUAUUACAAAGAGUUGUACUGGCAUUUUGAAACUCUCACUCAAACAUUGUCAUGUUGUCGCAUACAAGGGAGUCAAGCGUGCCCUACGAAAUUGCAAACAACUCAGAGAGAUCAAUUUGAAACAUUGUCCUAGACUAGUACUUGAUGUUUAUGUUGACUCAAUGCUAUUAAGAAGGCCUACAUUGAGAAAGAUAAAGCUUCCAUCUGGUGUGGCUUGGGUAGCACCAGCUCCAUUGGUUUCAACUAAUAAGAGCUAA